UUCGUAUUCGUUUCGUAUCGUUUUCUUUUCGUCAUCCAAAAUUUAAUUUUAAACUUAUUUCUUUUAUGUGACAAAAACGUAUUUUUAGGAAAGUGCAUUGCCUAAUAACUUAGGAUGACACCCGAGGAAACUAUAGAAAAGCUUAGGCUUUUAGGCUUAAGUGAACAAAAGGCAAAGGAAACCCUAAAAAACGCUAAAGUUACCAAAUACCUACUUGCCGCGAUAAGUGAGGUAGAAAUUGAAAAGAUUCCUAACGGCGCUGGUUUACUGCUCUACCAUCUGGCUACUAAAAUAAAACCUCAAACGGAAAGUAGACUACCAUUGAUCAGCAAGUAUAUUGCCAGUGAAAAGUUAGAUUCCACCCUGAGAGUUGAUGCUGCAUUAGAUUUUCUUUUAAGCCACAUAAAUGAAGAAAACAUAAACUUGGUUGAUUUGGAAAACUUUUGUGGAGUUGGUGUAUCAGUGACGCCAGAACAAGUAGAGAAGGCUGUCGAAAAGCAAAUGGCGAAAUACAAACAGGAGCUUGUAGAGAAAAGGUACAGGUUUAAUUCUGGUAUAAUAAUGCAAGCAGUUAGAGCCGAACUUAAAUGGGCAGAUGGAAAAGCUAUUCAAAAUGAAGUGGCAGUGCAGAUAUUAGAUUUAUUAGGCCCAAAAACAGAAGUUGACUUGGCACCAGCACCUAAACCAGAAAAGAAGCCUAAAAGUGGAGAUGGAAAUAAAAAAAAUGAAGCAACUCCUGGCAACAAAGAGUCUCAGGUGUCUGCAACAAUUGGUGAUAUCGGAGGUGCAACAUCUAUGCCAGAAUUAAUGAAAAAACUGCCAUUUCAUACCCCUGGAGAGAACUAUAAAACAGAUGGUUAUGUUGUAACUCCUAAUACAAAGAAAUUGAUAGAAGAACAUCUUAAGAUCACAUCUGGAAAAGUAAGGACGAGGUUUCCCCCUGAGCCAAAUGGUAUUCUCCACAUAGGGCAUGCUAAAGCUAUUAACAUCAACUUUGGGUAUGCAGCAGCUCAUGAUGGAAUUUGUUUCCUAAGAUAUGAUGAUACAAAUCCUGAGAAGGAAGAAGAAAAGUUCUUUGUUGGAAUCAAAGAUAUGGUUGAGUGGUUAGGCUACAAACCAUAUAAAAUUACACAUUCAUCUGAUUAUUUUGAUCAACUAUAUGAAUGGGCUGUGAAGUUAAUCAAAAAGGAUCUUGCGUAUGUGUGCCAUCAGAAGUCUGAAGAAAUUAAAGGUUUCAAUCCUCCACCAUCUCCUUGGAGGAACAGACCUGUUGAGGAAAGUCUUCAACUUUUUGAGGACAUGAAAAAUGGUAAAAUCGAUGAAGGUGAUGCUACACUGAGGAUGAAAAUAACAUUGGAGGAAGGCAAACAGGACCCUGUGGCUUACAGGAUAAAGUUCAAGCCUCACCAUCGGACCGGCAACAAAUGGUGCAUUUACCCCACUUACGACUACACACAUUGUCUGUGUGACAGCAUUGAACACAUCACACACUCGCUCUGCACUAAGGAGUUCCAGUCCAGAAGAUCUUCAUAUUACUGGCUUUGUAAUGCACUAGAUAUAUACUGCCCAGUUCAAUGGGAGUAUGGAAGAUUAAAUGUUAACUAUACAGUUGUGUCCAAGAGAAAGAUUGGAAAACUUAUUGAAGAAGGUAUAGUUAAAGACUGGGACGACCCCCGCCUGUUCACGCUGACGGCGCUGCGGCGGCGCGGCGUGCCCGCGGCGGCCGUCAACUCGUUCUGUGCGGCGCUCGGCGUCACCGGCGCGGUGGGGGCCGUCGACCCCGGCAUGCUGGACGCCGCCGUGCGCGACGUGCUCAACGUCACAGCACCCAGGGUCAUGGUUGUACUAGAACCCUUGAAAGUUACCAUAACGAAUUUCCCAAGCGAUAAACCGAUACCAGUUCAAGUGCCAGAUUUCCCCAACGAGCCAGAGAAAGGGUCACACAACAUAGUAUUGGAUAGAGUGCUUUACAUCGAAGCCACAGACUUCAAAGAGCAGCCUGAGAAGGGAUAUCGUCGUUUGACUCCCACCCAAUCAGUAGGCUUGCGACACGCUGGAUAUGUCUUGAAGGUAACGAAAGUAGUUAAAGAUACAGCAGGAAAUGUGAGUGAGCUGGAAUGCACUGCGCAGUCUACGGAAUCGUCUGAAAAGCCGAAAGCGUUCGUACACUGGGUGUCGCAGCCCACCACUGUACAAGUUCGUCUGUACGAGCCUCUGUUUAAACACAAGAACCCCGAAGACCCAGCGGAGGUGCCAAGCGGGUUUCUGUCCGACUGUCGCCAGGAUACGUUGAAGGUCAUGGCAGCCUACGCUGACACAUCCAUCAAGGGAGCAAAAAUAUUUGACAAGUUCCAGUUCGAAAGGAUUGGUUUCUUUUCUGUUGAUACAGACUCAAUCCCUACUAAGAUGGUAUUUAAUAGAACCGUUUCUCUAAAAGAAGAUGCUGGAAAAUAAUGUAUAUGUGAAUUUAUUUAUUUAUGAAAUACAUACUUACGAAUUUUUUAAUAAUAAAUAUUCUAUUAAAUAGA